AGCGAGUCUCCUGUCUCAGCCUCCCAAGUAGCUGGGAUUACAGGUAGUAGGAGAAGAUGGGAGUUGAUAGUGACCCAGAAAGGACAACCCACCACGCACAUCCUCCUGGAGCUGACAAUGUUCUCUACCUGCAACAUGAUUUCUGGGAAGAAUGCACGAUUGUCUCUUUGUCCUCAGCCUCCUCUCUCUCAACACAGAGGCUUCAUCACCUGGGGUCUGCCGAGCACUCUUCACCCACCCUGUGGCCAUGUUCCCUUGCCCUAGUCCCAUCCUACAGGAAUAUCCUUUGCAAAUGGCCCCUCAUUGCCUUCUCUUCUCCUUCCCCCCGUUUCUGUACUGGCUUCUUCCUCCACAUUUGUGGUUGCUCAUCUGCUCUGACUUCAGUUUGAAUGGACAAGGCAUACCCCAACAAAAGCCAUGCUCGGACCACAGCUGGCAUCACAGCUUCCCUCAGUUGUUCUCAAAUCUAAAGCAGGGGUGUCCAAUCUUUCGGCUUCCCUGGGCCACAUUGGAAGCAGAAGAAUUUUCUUGGGCCACACAUAAAAUAUACUAAUGAUAGCCGAUGAGCUAAAAGGCAAAAACCACCCCCCCCAAAAAAUCUCAUAAUGUUUUAAGAAAGUUUACGAAUUUGUGUUGGGCUGCAUUCAAAGUCAUCCUGGGCCGCAUGUGGCCCUCAGGCCAAGGGUUGGACAAGCUUGAUCUAAAGUGUUAGCUCUGGACGCCCACCAUCUUCCCCCACACUGUCUUCUCCACUACUGAGCCAUGAAUAGGCCCUCAACACCUUCCCACAACCUGACCAGGCUUGUUAAGACAGCUCUCCACACUCCCUAGUGGCUGUUUUCCGGCUUCUCACUCCUGUCACCAUCACCCUCCUUCUUUCCCCCGCAGUUGAUGGCUUUUCCCAUCCUUCAUGUGGGUACCACUGGACUCAAUACAGAUGCCGCUGGACAGAAGUCCCCCAUGUACCACACUUCCACAUCUGCAAUCUUUGCUGUACUUUUACCCAUACAUGGACUCACAUCCUCAUCACCUCUUCUGCUCCUAUUCACAUUAACUUUCUCUGACAACUUUCGGUACACAGACUCCUCUUGCAGGCUCUCCAGCCUCACCCCAACCACUCUACUCAAAGCACCCUUGUAACAGUCACCAAGGACCUCCAUGUGGCCACGUGCCAUGGAUGCUGAUCAUGCCUCUUAUGUGACCCCUGAUUAAUAUUCACUCACAUCUCCUUACAGUUCUUGUCUUGCCACUCCUAACACCUUGCUCUCCCUGUUUCUCUGACUCAGUCUCCUUUGAAAUUGACUAUCUCUAGCUUCUCUCCAGGUUAGAGUUCCUUAGAAAGUUUCCCCUUCUGCCCUCUUUCCCUGGGUGACCUCACCUAACCCCAUGGCAUUAAAUACCAGUUGAUUUAUCUCCAGACCAGACCACUUCCUGAGCACCACUCUUAUUUCCAGCUGCCCCAGCGAUGUGUAUGAUUUGAUGUCCCACAAACAUUUCUAGGUCAACAUUUCCUAACCAGAACUGUUCAUUUUCCCCCACCCACAAAUCUGUUACUUUCCGAGUCUUCUCUAGCUCAGUGAAUGAUAGUUGCCAUAAAGGAUAUAACAAGGAUUUGCCAGGCAUCUCCCAGGACCUGUUAGCUACUGUAUCCCUCAUUUAACAAUUAUAAUAUGAGAGAAUGAUAUCUAUCUUCAAUUGACUGAUAAGGAAAUAAACUUAUAGGUUAAGUCACUUGCCCUGGAUCACAGUGGCAAAGCCAGGAUAGGGACUCAGGUCUUGAUUCUAAUGGCCUUGCUCUUUCUAUUCCACUCACAUCUUUUCAAAUCGUGACUCUUGCUUAAUAAUCUGGAGACAAUUUUCAUCCUUAGGCCCCUGUAGGGCCACCAUGUUGCAUACUUCUAAGGGGACAUUUACCAUGUCAUCUGUGAGGAUGGCGGUUCCUGGAGUUUUGCAGAGACGGUCAUUCACAUGAAAUAGAAUGAGAAAAUAACAACAACAAAAGUUCAAUACCUGAAAAGUGAACCAUGAAACUCAGUAAAAAGGACCAAGGAGAAGACGAAGAAAGUGAUUCAGCGAAAAAGAAAUUGGACUGGUCCUGCUCGCUCCUCGUGGCCUCCCUCGCGGGCGCCUUCGGCUCCUCCUUCCUCUACGGCUACAGCCUGUCGGUGGUGAACGCCCCCGCCCCGGUGAGUGCGCGCCAAGGCCCGGCAGAGGGCACUGCGGCCCCGCGGAAACCUUCGGGUGCGCAAGGGCCCUGGGCUCCAGCGCCCCGUCUCGUGCCGGACGCCGCAGGGACAGACACCAGGCCCCGCUCGGGGGGGGGGGGGGGGGGGGGGGGGGGCGGCGGGAAGCACACUUUGCUGGCUAAUAAUGGGUUUGCAAUUUCUGCUGCAUUGCUGAUGGCCUGCUCACUCCAGGCAGGAGCCUUUGAAAUGCUCAUCCUGGGACGCUUCAUCAUGGGCAUAGAUGGAGGCAUCACCCUCAGUGUGCUCCCCAUGUACCUCAGUGAGAUCUCACCCAAGAAGAUCCGUGGCUCUCUGGGGCAGGUAACUGCCAUCUUUAUCUGCAUUGGCGUGUUCACUGAGCUGCUGGGCCUGCCCGAGCUGCUGGGAAAGGAGAGUACCUGGCCGUACCUGUUUGGAGUGAUUGUGGUCCCUGCCGUUGUCCAGCUGCUGAGCCUGCCCUUUCUCCCGGAGAGCCCACGCUACCUGCUCUUGGAGAAGCACAACGAGGCGAGAGCUGUGAAAAGCUUCCAGACGUUUUUGGGUAAGGCAGAUGUUUCCCGAGAAGUAGAGGAGGUCCUGGCUGAGAGCCGGAACAUCUGUCUGGUGUCUGUGCUGGAGCUGCUGAGAGCUGGCUACGUCCACUGGCAGGUGGUCACCGUGAUUGUCACCAUGGCCUGCUACCAGCUCUGUGGCCUCAACACGAUUUGGUUCUAUACCAACAGCGUCUUUGGAAAAGCUGGGAUCCCUCCAGCAAAGAUCCCGUAUGUCACCUUGAGUACAGGGGGCAUCGAGACUUUGGCUGCCGUCUUCUCUGGCUUGGUCAUUGAGCACCUGGGACGGAGACCCCUCCUCAUUGGUGACUUUGGGCUAAUGGCACUCUUCUUUGGGACCCUCACCAUCAUGCUGACCCUGCAGGACCGUGCCCCCUGGGUCCCCUACCUGAGUAUCGUGGACAUUCUGGCCAUCAUCGCCUCUUUCUGCAGUGGGCCAGGUGGCAUCCCGUUCAUCUUGACUGGUGAAUACUUCCAGCAAUCUCAGCAGCCAGCUACCUUCAUCAUCGCAGGCACCGUCAACUGGCUCUCCAACUUUGCUGUUGGGCUCCUCUUCCCAUUCAUUCAGAAAAGUCUGAACACCUACUGUUUCCUAGUCUUUGCUACAAUUUGUAUCACAGGUGCUAUCUACCUAUAUUUUGUGCUGCCUGAGACCAAAAACAGAACCCAGGCAGAAAUCAGUCAGGCAUUUUCCAAAAGGAACAAAGCAUACCCACCAGAAGAGAAAAUCGACUCAGCUGUCACUGAUGAUAAGACAAACGGAAGUUCUGAACAAGUUUCCUCUUCCACGUUGGACAAUUAUGUCAAAAACAGGAUUGUCUAAAUGGAUAAUCUCACUUUUCAGGAAACUUAAAAUUUACCCAUUAUUGGGAGGCUUAAAUGAAUUGAAGCUGUGCAAGUCUUUUAUAUUAUUAAGUAUUUAAAAGUAAACCUGUACUAAUCUAACAUUGCAACUAUGUUAGCAUUAUUCACAACUAAAUCUCCCAAACUCUUCUGGAAGUUGCAAGGAAUCCCUCUAUGUUUCACUGGACCCAACGUUCUUCCAUACAGGUUGAUGACCUGCCUUCUUCAUGACUCAAUCCACGAUUUCAAAAUGAAAUUGGGGAAAUAGUAUGUUAAUGCUUUAUCAAAGAAAGACAAUUUGGUCUGAUAGGGGACUCAACAGAUUAGAAAUCACAGACUGAGGUUCUAGUCCCAGCUUUACCACAAGUAGCCUUGAUCUGCCCUCAACCUGGGUCCCAGCGCAUCAAUGACCCUAGGCUUCCAUCCCCCGUAUAGGCUUUCAGAAGUCAGUGGAAAGAUUAUUCAUCGUACCUAAGAAAUGCCUGUUUCCAAUAUUUGACCUUGUGGAUCUCAGGCUUUGGAGAGCCUAAUACCAACCCACCAGCCUGCAGAUUUUGUCUUUCCCAAACUGUGUUCCAGGAAUGGGCUCAAGACUUAAGGGCUGACGCUGUCCUCGCCCCAGACUACUAGAGUCCUGUGUGCUCACAGAGAACAUGAAGAAGAGCUAUGUGCAGAAGACUUAACUUUCUAGAAACUGCAACAGGGACUGCAAAUUGACCUCUAUCCAAAUGAAAAACAAUGUUGAGGAUGAUUCUAAAGCUAAACCUAGGCUUGGUGGGAAAAAAAAAAACCAAAAAACAUUGUGAUUAAUUGGUGAUCUCUGCCACAAGUGUGGGGCUCAGAGUGUCAGCACAUGUACUUCAUGUUUACCAAGUCUAGAAGAGAUUUCUCUGAAAAGGAAAUGAACUAUCUUGAGAGAUGGGGAGUUCACCAUCACUCAAAGUGCUCAAGGGAAGACCGGGUGAUUACUCAUCUUGACUGUUGCUAAGAAAAUCUGUGUCAACUUUGGAGAAAGGUGUUUGGAACAGACAUGUUGAAGGGCUCUUCUAACUCUUACAUGCUAGGGUUGUUUGGUAAGAGCCACUUGCAGCCUGCCAUCGUAAUGUGUGGCUUGUGUUUUGGGUGAUUUCCUAUACUUGCUUCUAAAAUGAAACAAAGUGUCCUAAAGUAAAGUGCACUUGAAUUAGCACCAGUGUGUUUGGUUGGUAUUUCAUAGGAGUGGGGCCAGAGAGGACUUGACUUAGCAAUACCACUAGAAUCCUUUUGGCCAUAAUCCCUUGGGUUUCCUCAGAUCAUUCUUGACGAUGGCAGCCUUAGCCAAAACUUGAGUUUGGUUUUCCUUUUCUGUGGAUUAUUCUUUCAUCACUGGGCCACUCCUUUGGUUAAUUGCCAACUCAAGGCACCAUGCCAUCCAGCUUUGGGUUGGCUGAAAAAUGUGGACAGUGUUUGUCAAGACGAAGAGAAAGUGAGGUAUGGGUUCCAAAAGUGCUGAGACCAAAAGAGCCAAAAACAGUGCAAAAUAAAAAUCUUAGCUUUU